CUGCGGGAGGAGCGGAGCGGAGGAGAGCGGCAUCUGGCCCCGGAGUGGCUGCGAUGCGAGUCAGGAUGAUUUCGGCUGCCUCCGUCCUCGUCCUGCUCUUCCUGCCCUCGGAGACCUGCUCACCCCUGCAGUGGCCCCGGGGUCCAUCCCGCAGGCUGACCCUGGCCCCCCAAGCCACCUGGGAGCCCUGGAUGGGCGCCCCGAGACCCUCGGUCCCUGCCGCCCAUCCCCUGCCCCAAAGACUGUGCCAGCUCCACGGGGCAGAGCCCACCCCGGCCCCCCGAGCCCCGCGGGCGCUGCAAACCGGCAAGAGGCGAGACGGCAAACCCAAUUCGUUGGAUCUCACCUUCCACCUCCUGCGCGAGUUCCUGAUGUCCCGGGAGGAGAGACUGGCCCAGAAGGCACUCAAUAAGCUCUUGCUGCAGAGUAUAGGAAAAUGAGGGACGGUCGCUGAAGGGGGAAAUGAAGGAGAUCGACCCCACAGCGAGAUGCCACGGCACAGCAGAGAACGGGGGGAAUGCCAGGGGCUGCAGCCGUGCCCAGGGAGCCCCCACUUUGCCUGGCAGGGUCCCUGUCACUGCAUCCCGCGUGUCACUGUUGUGCAUUAAAGUCACCCUCGUACCUGC